GCCCACUUGCCUGCAAACCCUUCUCAUCUUCUUCCUCUGUUGAACUCGCUCUCGCUCACGGCUCACCCUUCGCUGCCUCUUGCUCUCUGCCUCCUCUUCUCUUGCUCGUCCGCUCGUGCUUGGCCUCGCUCUCUGGCUCUCUCUUGUUCUCGCUCGCCCUCGCUGGCUCUCUCUUGCUCUCGCUCUCGCUCGGGCUCGACCUCGACCUCGACCUCGGCCCCUCUUGCUCUCGCUGGCCCUCGCUCUCUGCCUCUCUUGCUCUCGCUCGCCCUCCGGCUCUCGCCCCUUCUCGCUGCCUCUCGCCCUCGCUCUCUGCCUCUCUUGCUGUCGCUCGCCCUCGCCCCCACGCUCGCUCGGCCAGUCGGGUUCGCCCUCUUGCUCGCUGCCCUCUGAUUCAGGUCUUCGUUCCCCCUCCCCCAAACCCAGAUUUGCUUCAUUCGAGCCCAGCUCCCUUAGUGCAAAGUUGUGGUGGUAUUCUUGAGGUACUAAAUUGGCCAGCAACAUAGUGUGGACUCAAUGGAGAUUAAUUUGGGAAAGCUUCCAUUCGAUGUUGAUUUUCAUCCUUCAAAAUCACUAGUCACUGCUGGUCUCAUCACUGGUGACCUUCUUCUAUACCUCUUCUCUGCAGACUCACAACCACAAAGGCUGUUGGAAGUUAAAGCCCAUAGCGAGUCUUGUAGGGCUGUUCGAUUCAUCAACGAGGGUCAUGCAAUUAUAACGGGGUCUCCAGAUUGCUCCAUUCUGGCCACAGAUGUUGAAACAGGCUCUGCAAUUGCUCGUCUUGAAAAUGCUCAUGGGGCUGCUGUCAAUCGAAUAAUCAACUUGACAGAGUCAACCAUCGCAUCUGGAGAUGAUGAAGGAUGCAUUAAGGUUUGGGAUAUCAGACAGCAUCAUUGCUGCAGCACUUUUAAUGCUCAUGAAGAAUACAUUUCAGAUAUGACUUUUGCAUCUGAUUCAAUGAAACUGUUGGGGACUAGUGGAGAUGGGACUCUUUCUGUUUGUAAUCUUCGGAGCAACAAGAUUCAAACUCGGUCUGAAUUUUCAGAAGAUGAGCUGCUAUCUGUGGUGAUCAUGAAGAAUGGUCGAAAAGUUAUAUGUGGGACGCAGACUGGUACUUUACUACUGUAUUCAUGGGGAUUUUUCAAGGACUGCAGUGAUCGCUUCGUCGAUCUAUCUGGAAAUUCUGUUGAUGCCUUGUUAAAGCUUGAUGAAGACAGAGUUAUCACUGGAUCUGAAAAUGGACUCAUCAGCCUGGUGGGCAUAUUACCCAGCAAAAUAUUACAGCCAAUUGCGGAACAUUCAGAAUAUCCUAUUGAGCGUCUUGCAUUUUCUCAUGAUAAAAGGUUUCUGGGCAGUAUAUCACAUGAUCAGACACUGAAGUUAUGGGAUAUGGAUUAUUUACUGAGAGGUCAAGGAAAUACACCAAGUUUUUUGGCUGAUGCGGAUAGUGAUAGUGAUGAGCCAGAGGAGAUGGAUAUGGAUGUAAAUGUUCCAAAAUCUUCCAAAGGGGUGAAGCGAGAAACUUCAAGUAAUGGGCAAGGCCAAAGCAGUUCUAACAGUUUUUUUGCAGAUUUGUGAAGAAAACGAACAAGGGAACCAAAAAAAAAAAAAAAAAAAGGAACUGUUUAUUCUUUGCUUGAUCUUGAUAGUUUUUGGGGUAAAGUUAACCUUAUCCUUGUGCUAUAUAUAGUUAGUUAAGAAGUAAAUUUUGAUUUAUAUGUUCCGUUCUAUGAUACCAAGUAUGCCCUUUUUUUUAAUCUUGCAUGUAACAUUUGAUAUAUCAGUUUAUUAGAAAAAGGAGGAUAUGCAACAAAUACGACUCGAGUUAUAAUAUAACUUUUUUGAUUGAUAA